CAUAUGCGUUGCCAAAUACAAAUACGAUGGCGCGCGACUCAGUGUGGUCGAAAGCUCCAUGCGAUAAUGUCGUGUCGCCGUGAUGUGAGCGAAUAGAGGCGAAGUGAAGAAUUUUCUAUUGUGCGCGUGUGUGUGUGUAUUUUUUUUAAUUGAAUUCUAUACACAAACUGUGUCUUUUAUUAAGAAUAGCAGCGCGGAGCUGCGUACGGAACGCCAAUAAUAUUAUUAUUAUGUGAAAUACUGGAAAUUAGGCAAAGAGAAUAAAAGGGGGGUAGAGCAGAGCCUCAACUGAUGAAUUAACAACGCGAAGUGCGAAAUAGUUGCACAAAUUUACAUCCAACGCAACGUUGUCGGCGGCAGAGGCGGUGCCUUUGUUUUGUCUCUUCGUGACAAUGUGCUAAACAUUAAUUAUUAACAAUUCACACAAAAACACGCAACAAGCUAGUGAACGCGCAAAUUUAUAAUAGAAAAAAAAAGCUUAAAAAAUAUAUAAAUAUUAAAAUUAAAUUAUAUUAUAUUAAAUGCUUGUGUAGAACGAACGCGUGCGACGACGACGAAGCUUAAGCGGCAUACCAACGAACGCCGCGUACCGCCGUGUCUCUGCUAAAGUGAGAAAGUGAAAAACCCGCACGACGCCGCCUUUCCCUGCACAUAUGUGUGGCGAACAGUUAAAUUGCGGUAACGCGGCGUGUUCAGUGCUCAACAGACUCUCGAGCUCGUGGAAAGCGCGUCGGAAUAUUUAAAUACAUUGCAAUAGCUAUUCCGCACUACUGAUCGACACCUCGCUAUCCAGCGGUCUAAGUGCUCGUGGCUUGCGGUGUUUUUUGACGUCAAUCGCAAUAUUUUUGUUUAUGCUCCACCUGUGUGUAUGUACGCAUGUUCAUUCUUAUGUAUUGUACAUACAUAUGUAAGUUUAGAUGUUGACAGAUACUAUCAGGCUAAACAGUUUUCGGUGUUCGCCUGAUUACCGUUUGAUAGCUAGUGUGUCUGACCGUUGUACCGUCUGGCUAAUUGCUAAUUGCUACUGGCCGGCAGCCCACUCGGGUGCCAGAUGUGAUAAAGAAAACUUAAAUAGUUAUUACAACAAAAAGAAACACUGCCACUUUAAUCAGUUCAGCAGUAAAGUCAUUCAAGCCAACAUACAUGCAUGCAUACAUACAUACAUAUAUAUCGUCGACCCCAACAAAGCGGCUUGUUCUACUACUACGGAACGUUGUCGUUGUUGUAUACAAUAAUAUUUAUAGUUAAUCCAUUGAUGUUGCUUUUUAAGUCAAAUUUUCAUUUGUCAGUUCUGUGAACUGAUUUAUGUAUGUAUGUACGUGGACUGUUUGAAAGCGCCUUGAGGACGUAAAAAGAAGACACAACAAAUACGCUGAACAACAACAACAAUUGUGAAGACAGAGCCAGAGUCAUACACGCACGCACCGUGCGCAAGUAGUUGUUGGCUUAACUCGUUAACACCAAGAGCCAGGCAAAGCGUGCGCUAAAUAUUUGUCAUUAUCAUUAACGUGCGCGUAUUAAAUGUUAUCGGCUGUUGAGAAUUUCGGUGGCCCGUUGGUCGGACCGGCUGUUGCACUCUCACAUCAUCAUCCUCAUGCCGUCCACCACCUGCAAGCGCAACACCAUCAGCAUAUCAACACAGCGACACAACAUGAACGCGGCGGCGUUGGCUAUGCCUUGGACAUUAUAGGCGCCGAGGGUAGUGUACGCGUUUCGGCCGCCGCUCCCACGUCAGCGACAUCAGUACCCACUAGCUCUGCUGGCAUCAUUUCCGCUCAAGUACCGCUUACACCCAAUCAGCUGACGCAAUUGAAUGCAUUGCAAGCGCUUAAGCUACAACAACUGCAAGAGCAAUACGAACAGCAACUGAGUAAUUUUCUUAGCGCCUCCUCCGUCUCCACACAGUCUUCCACAGCGAUUGCUGGUGGUGUGGCUGUGCCGUUGCCACAUCGACCGCAGCCACAGGUGGCGGCGACGUUGAGUGAAGAACAGCAACAACAACAACAACACCACUAUAAUUUACAACACCAGUACCAGCAGCAACAGGAACACCAACAACAGCAGUUGCAACGUGAACAACAGUCAACCAGCGUCAAUCUGACGCUGCCCCCUACAAACGCACCAAAGUACAUGAGCUCGCCGCGCGAUACCUCAACCAUGAUGCCACUAACAGAAUUCACACAGCCACCAAAACCGAAACAUGAACAACAACGCGCCGCCAAGGAGAAUGUCCAAUGCGGUGCUAUGAAUUUAGUCACAAGCUCGAGUAAUACUUUCCCGAGCAGCACAAAUCCAUACCAAUUAAACUCAGCCAGCAGUAGUAACAGUAAUCCUGCCUCCAUAGACAAUAGUCGACCCUCCUCGACAUCUUCAUCGGUUGAUGUCGAGAACGAUGAGAGCAUGUCGCCCGUCAGCACGAAUGGACGUAAACUCUUCGAUCCCGCGGCGCUACUGCCCGGUAACGCGGCACUAAAACAGCCCACCUAUAGCGAAACGAGCGCCUCCUCAGCAGCUGCCGCUGUCGUUGCUGCCUAUCAAUAUAAUUACGCGCACUUGUAUGGAGCUAGUGCUGGCGGCGGCGGCGGCGGACGACCAGUAACUGGUCUCUACAAUGCGCCCGUCAUAUUUGCCGCUGCCGCCGCACAUAAUCAACACGUGCCACAUGUGAUACAGCAUCCCAGCGCCGUGCACGGCCCUGCGUCGCCCGCCGCCUACCUCAACGCAUUGGCGACACAUACAGCGGCAAUUUCGCCGACCGAAAGUGGCGUUUAUUCUGCGGAAUAUUUCAAGGCGUUACAAAAUGCUGUCGCAGCGGGUGUAUUUCAAGCAGUGCCGCCCACCCACACAACACCCGUCUUCCCAAUAUCACCGCUCGCCAACAGUGGUAGUAGCAGCAAUUCAACGCUACCGGCUACCGUCAGUAUGCCAAAGACACGUCAACGUUGCGCCGCGACGGGUUCGAUGCCAACGCAGGCGCCAAUCGCGUCACCACCGGCAAAGUGUGAGCAACGUAAUGCGACGACAACAAAGCUUUCCACUGGCACUUAUCUGUAUGAGAAGGCGAAAAGAUCGCCACCUGACACGCCGUCGGAUACGGAGAAAUUCUUUAAGAUACCCAGCGGCAAAGAGGGCUCGCUUAAGCAUCGCAUACUUACGCGACCACCGAGCGCUGACAAAACGCCAGCGGCAACAGCAGUCACGACGGCAAGUUCGGCGCUGGGCACGGACUCUGGCAAAACUCCUGUUAUGCGUACGUACAACUCCACAUCCAGCUUUAAGAAGGGUUCAUAUAUCGAACUCUCAAAUGGUUCACUGCGUCGGGUGGAAGAUAUGCGCACGGAGGAUUUUAUACAAUGUGCUGAACGUAGUCCACACCAUCAACUGAUAGAGUCAACGGUGGUAAAAAUCAGCGCCAGCCCAACGUCGUCCUCUGUAGUUAUUGCAUUUAGUUACGACCGGAAUCAAUCCAAGGUUGACAUGGAGAUCUCCACCGAGUAUCCAUUCUUCGUCUACGGCCAAGGCUGGGCGUCCUGCAAUCCAGAAUUGUCAUAUAAAGCUUUCGGUUUGAAGUGUCAACGUCUACAAGUCGGCGAUAUUUGCAUUUCUCUUACCAAACGCGAACCACCGAAUAUUCAUAUAAACAAUAAUAACAACAACAUAACUAGUAGUAAUAAUAAUAAUAACAGCAACAACAACAACAACAACAACAACAACAACAACAACAACAACAAGCCUACAUAUAUACAUGACCCAACAACGACGACAACAACAGCAACAACAACAACGCCCAUAACAACAAAUGAAACACAUGGCGCCGAACGUGAUCUCCAACCGCUCAUACUGAGCGAAAGUGUCUACGCUACACACCUAAAGUCCGCCGGUAUGUGUCCGCCACCAACCACCGCACAAUAUCAACUACUGCGCAGCCCACACGGUGGAACAGUGCAUUUUAUGCCACCACCACCCACACACCUGCUCGCCAAUGCACCACCCACACCCGAAGCAUACGCUCACUUUGUAUUUCCCACGCCGCCACAACAGCAGCAGCAGCACCACCACCCACAAGUGUCAUCGACAACAACAGUUUUGCAUAAUACGCGCAUGCAACAUAGCAGCGAUUUAACCUCAACACCACCAAUGAUGAAUAGCAGCAGCACAAGGCCAAUGGCUGAUGCAUGCGAACAGUCGGCUGUAGCGACAGCGUCAGCGCGCAAACGUCGUUGGUCGGCGCCGGAGAGUUUCUCCAACAGCGAAGACGAUGAUGAUGAGGAUGCGCACGCGGCAACAGAUUACCAACCACCACCAGUGAGGCAAAAAUCAGCGCCAACUGCAGCGGUGAGUAGCAAUUAUAAGCCCUACUUACCGGCAACAAACAUGAGAUUGCCGGCAACUGGACAAUUAUACUGUGAUUUCUCAACAAAUUACAAAUAGCAAAAGAUCUCAUUGUUGGCGUGUGAAUCGCAACGAGUCAGGGUCGCCUGACCUUGUGCGUGUUGGGUGGUGUACGCUGGGCGUUGUGGCAAUGACGCAGGAGACUGUUUAUUUGAUGAAACUCUUUUCAUGUUGCAUUUGUUCGAUGGGAAGCUGCAUAUAUUAGUUAAAAAAAAAAAAAUUUUUACGCCUGCAAUUUUACAACUCGUGUUAAACGCAUGAAAGAAGCAACAAUUGCCAUAUCGAUCUUGUCGACCUCCAUAAUCCAUGUUUAGAAAGUCAAAGGUAAACUGAGUGAGUUUGAAAACAAUAAUAUUCGUGUAUGCAAACUGGCGUUAUUUAUCAUUUUAUGCAAAAAAAAAAAAAAAAAAAA